AUGGAGUCCUGCAGACCCUAUGGGGUGAGCUGCCCUCAGCCAAUUGCCGAGAGCUACAAUGAGCCAUGUGUGCAGCAGUGCCCCGACUCCAGAGCAGUGAUCUUGCCUCCACCGGUGGUGGUGACAGUCCCCGGCCCCGUGCUCACUUCUUUUCCUCAGGAGAGCAUUGUUGGAUCGUCAGGCCCAGUCGGAAUGGGGGGCUCCUUCAGCUCCCAGAGCUCCCUGGGCUCUGGGGGCUCCUUUGGCUAUGGAGGAUCCCGGGGCUAUGGUGGCUCCUUUGGUCUGGGGGACUAUGGAGGAUCUCAGGGCUAUGGGAAUUGCCUGGGUUAUGGGGAUGACAUGAGCUAUGGGGGCUCCCUGGGCUAUGGGGGCCAGUAUGGCUCCAGUGGCUUUGGUAGUUGUGGCAGGUCCUACAGCUCUGGCCUCUCUUCCUGCGGUGCUGGCUAUUCCCUCCCUGGUGCCCAGCGGUGGGGCAGAUCCCGCCGCGGGAGCUGCGGAGCAUUCUAA